GGUUUGAUGAGACUAUCGCAAAGACCUUUGCAAAAUACAACAAAAGCACACCCGUAUGCAAGAAGAAAGUGUAUAUUAUUGUCCCGAGUUCUUGUGAGUGCCACGCCUCGCUAGAAGAAGCUGAUCCACGCAUUCAUCUUGUUGAAACCAUACCUCGAAAGUAUGUCAAUCUUGCUGGAACUAUAAAGCGACCAUAUAGCUUUGACAUGUACAAGUUCGAAGAAAAUGGCGAGAUAUAUUUCUUUGUUGGUCAAUAUGCAGCUCCAGUUACCUGCCUAAAUGAUAUGUGGAAACUGAAGAUUGCAGGGUUAAAUGAACGUGACAUGGUUAAACAAGCCAGGAAAUUCUGCCAUGAAAUCCAAAAUAUUUUAAGUCAGAAAUUAGUGGAAGAAAUUUCCCAAAAAUGUGAAGUUGUUUUCUAUGAUGAUUCGAAGUAUUCUCUCUCAGAGGAAAUGAAGAGAAGGCUACAUUGAAACAGAUAAUUUGGGUAUUGUAUAUUGAUUCUGAAUUUUGUGCAGCCAGUGUUUUUUCAAUUGUCAUUCUUGUUAGCUAUGAAUAAUUUGGGAUAUGUAUUUAUUUUAUCAUAUUUUUAUUGUUUCAAAUUUUGUAAUUAAUCUAAAAACGAACAGCUUUUAUCAAUGCUUAAUUUACUAUUAAUGGAGUUUAAACAAACCCUGCAUAAAUCAGUCAUCAGAUUUUAUUUUAACAUUUAUAAUAUAUUUGAGGGAGUUUACAU